AUGGCUUUUGUAACUAUCUCGGGCCGAUCAGAAGAGGAGACCGCUGAGGCUCACCAUGCUGCCGCUAUCAUGAAACUUCUCAGAAUCGGGACAGUCGCUCCAAGCGCUCCAGCAUCAGCAGAGUACACUGGGUACCGGAUUGAUGCAACAGAAGUUCUUAAGCUACUCGAGUCUGCCGCCAACGAGAAUACUAUUCCAAAGGGUUCACCGUCCUCGCAAGCGAUAUAUCAUCGGGUGAGCAAGGCCUUAAAGGCACCAUAUGCGAGAGACAGUAACCUGUUGACCACUAUCCAAAACAUUCCAAACUCCAAUGCGAUCUCUGGGCAAACGACCAUUAAGUGGCUAAGACGAGCAACGAUGCUGGGAUCACACGUUGCAUCUAGUACCCUCCGAGAACUCGAUCCCAAUGCAUGGAGCGAAGCACUCUCAAUGUUUCGAACUGAGUAUUGCGGUGUCGGAAGGAAGCUCCUCCAAAGUUCAACAUACAAGGCGAAAAUCACAAGUCAUUCAUUGCUCUCAGAUAGAUCCAGUAUGCCUGAGUUUGAGACCAUCCAAGAAUCUGGACACACCCCUCUUCAUGUUGCUGCUACCAUUGGCAGCCUUGACAUCGUGCAGCGUCUCGUACAAGAUGGACCGUAUGAGUUGAUCAAUAUGCAGAAUAUAAGAGGCGAGACUGCUCUUCUUCAAGCCACUCGGUCGGGGAACUAUGCUAUAGCGGAGUAUCUUAUAGCAGCCGGAGCCCGUGGCGGCAUCUUGACUGACAAUAUGGAGUCUCCUCUUCACUGGCUCUGUGCUUUUGAUGACAGAGAUAAAGAUGAGUUGGUGAGGCUGGCUAUAUCGCUAUGCCAUAGUGGAGCAGAUCUUGACGGAGUUUGUGCUCCCAAUACUGUCUUUAAUGAGCACUUUCGCGAUACUGUGGGUGGCGGAACACCUCUCUGUCGUGCAGUACAACGCGACUCAUACUUAGCUGCUGAAGUGCUGAUCACCCUAGGAGCGGAUCCAUACAAAGACAGACAAGUCGGUGAACAGAGCAGGGCACCUCAUGCAGCUGCACUUGCUUGUUGUGCGCAUAACUCUCGCAUGCUGCAGUUGUUACUCACCUCCGAUACGCCGGUUCAACCUCCUAAAUGGUACGGAAAAGCUGGUAUAUUUGACCCUCAGUACACUGGAGAAGCUUUGAGAGCAUAUAUGAACGGAGAACCUACGAUACAAUCCGCUGCUCCCAAUGUCUGGAAAUCGAUGAUGGAGCGGGGUGCUCAGACCUCAUUACUGGGAUAUGCAGCAAAUCCAGAUCCGCUUCAUUAUCGGAUGGCACUGCACGGGGAAUCCUAUUUGCAGGAAAUGCAGCUGACUAUAGAUAUGUUGGCAUCGGCCGAGUCACAAGAGUUUGACCGUGUUACGUUCGACUAUCAAUCUGCAAUUAAGCAUUCUAUCCUCAGUAGGGACAUAUCAAUAGUCUCGUAUCUCCUGGCCGCCUAUCCCGAGCAGACGAUUCCCGAAUUGACCAACCCUGUUCCAUCAGGCCUGCAAAUGCGUUUGCCUGUUCAGCUUGCCCUCUUCAAAGGCGACAAGCCUAUCUUCGACCUUCUUUUAAAAUACGCAGGUCCAGACGCCAAGUUAGCUCCGCCCAAGAUGCAAGGAAUGACGGAUAACUGGCUCAGCCAAGGGCUCCUUCGGCUUUUGCGUCCAACAUCAAGUAUUGCAUCCGAAAAGGUCUCCAGAACUACAAAAAGCACAAUUCACCUGGCUGCGUUUGCUCAUCCCGACCCGCACUUUAUGCGCGCUUUAUUAAGCAGGCUCUCGUCCGUAGAGGCGCGCUCGCUCGUUAACAGCCAUGGAAAAAUAUGGGACGAGAUCCCUCUGACGAUGGCUUUGCAAAAUCACCAUUUUCAUGUGGCGGAUGUAUUACUUCAGUAUGGUGCCAAUAUUGAAGAAGAAGCAUCCAACGUCGGUCAUAAGCCGGGCCAAAGCACUACGCCUCUUGGAGCAGUGAUAACAUUUAAUAAUGGCGCCACAAUGGGAGCUAUGGAAUGGCUCCUGCGACAUGGCGCAUCAAAUAUUGUCAACCGAGAGUAUGGGAUCACGGCUUUGAUGACUGCGGUGAGAGCAGGGACGAUGUAUGACAUCUCAAAGACAAAUCCAUUAGUGCCUACAAAAGUGUAUGAAUACUCAAGGCUAGCUGUUCUUGAGAGACUUCUGCGGCAUUUCUGCACACCAGAAGAUAUCGACCACAAAGCCAAGGGCGUGGCAGACAUGACAGCGCUUCAUUGGGGAGUGUUAAGGUUAUGGCCGGAAGCUGUGAGCCUGCUGCUGAGGUCAGGCGCAGAUGAGAGCUUAACGGCUGAAUUUAUGAGACCAGUCACAGCAAAGGAAUUAGCAGAAGCACUAGAUAAGGAGGAUAUUCCUUCAGAGGCAAAAGAAAGAGGACCAGAUGAGACUGCAAAAUAUCUAGCGAAGUUUAAGUUAUUACGGGAAGCCUUUCUAUAA